AUGUUCGAUACGAAAUGGUUGCCUGCCGCCUGUGGCAGUUUGGCACCCGCGCUCAUACCGCCCGCACACAUGUUGGUGCUGGCCUACUUUUGGCAAAAUUAUUCACGUUACGUCGAUAAACACUUUUGUACUUGCUCCUGCUGGGACACCAUAUUCAAGGGACCCUAUGAAUCGGGUAUUGCCUCCUACAAGCACCUCUACUUCAAUGUCACACAAAACUCUUUCAAAAUGUGGCUGCUGACUGUAUUUGCCGUUAUUGCGCUUUAUGAAUGCAUUAAACAGUUGAUUGCGUUGAUAUUGCAACAACGUUGCCGCUACUCGAUGUUGUUGCUCUUCUCACUGUCGAUAUUUUCACACUACUAUGCCUGGUGGGCAUAUAUAAAUUAUUACAACGACGACUAUUACCAACAAUGGAAUCAUCAACUAUUCUUUACGGUAACUGAACUGAUAUCUUCCGUGCUGGUCAUGCACCUGGCCAACACCACGAACACUGUGACAUCGAAAAAAGUAUUCUGCAUCGUUGGCAUCGCCAUACUCCACAUUACGGCCAGCAGUUUCGAUCAAUUCUUCUUGAAUGUGGUGCGUGGUGAAGGCUAUGCCCAUCAAAUAGUACGAGAUAUCGGUUUUAUGGUGCCAGAUAUAUUGCAAUUAAUUAUUCCAUUGUGGCUCUUUCGAAAAACGCGCAAAGAAUCGUAUACGACACGCCCCUUUUACCGGGAUCGCAACCUCCACAAGGAUAUUGUAGCGAUGCUCUUCUUCGUGUUGGCACUUUUUGUGGUUUGUACGAUUUUGUGAGAUAAAAUUUUCAAAUACCUGCAAAUAAUGAAUAGCGAGGAAGAGGCGCGUGCCACAAGACGUAUGAAUUUGCUAGCCCGGCUAUACUUCAAUUUGUAAGGUAAAUGAAUUAUCUAAUAAGUUACAGCAGGAAGGUG